AUGAACAUAUUGAAUGCAACCACAGGGACACCGUCAACAUAUACGGGUCGUCAGCAGAUAUCAACCACUCCUGGUGGAACUAGAUAUUGGACACCACAUUGCGAUGAUCCCCUUAAACCUUAUAAAGGGCAAAAGUUCCAAACGCUGAAUGAUGCAGUAAUCUUUUAUAAAGCGUAUGCGUAUGCUGUUGGGUUUGAUGUACGGCAUAGCACGUUGAUCAAAGCACGUGAUAAUAAGACUAUACUUUGGAAGUAUCUGGAUGAAAUAUGUGCAGCCUGUUUCAAUUGUCGCGUUAUGGACUUCUCGGAUGACGAUGGACAGAUGAAAUUCGAAAUCAGAGAUACUAAUGGCAAGACGUUCACUGUGUUAUACAACGCGAGUCUGAAAUCAGCCACUUGUUCAUGCAAGCAUUUUGAACUGCAUGGGUGGCCAUGCAGACACAUAUUCGUUGUAUUGAAGGACGUGAACGCUGAAGUUAUACCGAGUGCACAUACUAUAUCAAGAUGGACGAAAAUGGCCAUUUUGAACCCAAUGUUCUGCAUUGUUGAUGGUAUAACUGAACAAUGUGCUCAAAUUGAUGAUAGAAAACUCAUGGUGAAUAAAUUGUGGUCUGACAUACAUCUAUGCAUGGGACUGGUCGAGCCAUCCAUGGACCGCCUUGUCGAGUUUUCAAGAAUUAUUGUAAACCACAAGCACAAGUUGGUGACUGAACAGGAGGAUGUGUCGGCCUGGACGAAAGAGCGUCGAUUUGAAACAUUUGUCGGCACGUCUGUCCCUCUGGAGGUGAACAUACACACUCCGGCCAAAUCAAAAAACAAGGGCAGCGGGAAAAGGAUUAAAAGCGGAAAAAAGGAAGCGAUCGAAAAAUCCAUAAAAAAGAGACGUAUAUGCAAGACAUGCGGUGAGAGGGCAGGUCACAAUGCCCGGACGUGCCUCAAGAAACAAUGA